GGGUAAAACGAUGGUUGAAACUGGACAGUGCGGUGGAUAGUCAGCUUCAUAUCUUCUGUGAUGCGUCCGAAAAGGGAUACGCGGCGGUAGCGUACCUUAGAACACAGUCAUCUAAUGGCGAUAUAUCGUGUGAGUAUGUUGUUGGGAAGGCCAGGGUGACUCCCUUAAAAUCAGUUUCGAUACCUAGGUUAGAACUAAUGGCUGCUGUACUAGCGGCAACCCUUGACAGCACAGUCAGGAGAGAAUUGAGUUACGCCUUAGGUGAGUCGACCUUUUGGAGCGACUCGAUGAUAGUUCUUAACUACAUAAGGAAUGAAGAUAGGCGAUUUAAAACUUUUGUUGCCAACAGAAUAGCCAAGAUCCGCAGUGUGUCUAAACCUGAACAAUGGAGGCACGUAGGUAGUAAAGACAAUCCAGCUGACGAAGGAUCACGUGGAACAUACUUUAUGAGUAGGUGGCUAAAUGGUCCAGAGUUCCUAAUCAAAGAUCCUUCCCACUGGCCCACAUCUAAGUUUGACGAUGUAGAUAUGUCUACAGAUCCAGAAGUCAAAAGGUCAUUAGUUAUUCAUCAAAUAACUACUAAUCAGGUAAGUGACAAUCUCGAAGAAGACCUGAUAGCAAACCUGGUAGGUAAGUGUUCUCGAUGGACAAGAUUAGUUAGAAUUCUAGGCUGGAUUCUAAGAUUCAGAAAUUCCAUUAAGGAUAGGGUACAAAAGCGACCUACAGUAACAAGCAACUUGCUCGUCUCAGAAAUAAAGGAAAGUGAAAACAUGAUUUUGUCAUGGGAACAGAGACGAUCAUUUCCGAAUUGGCAACAAGAUUCUAGACUCAAAACUUUAAGACCUGUUCUUCUAGGGAAUCUCCUUAGAGUGGAAGGUAGGUUAAAUAACUCUCAAAUAAACUUUGAAGCCAAACACCCAGUAAUUCUCCCUCACAGAGGAAAUGUAGCUAGGCUGCUUAUAGAACAGUAUCAUGAAGGAGCAGGGCACAGUGGAUGGUCUGCAACUUUAAACACUCUCCGUGAGAGAUAUUGGAUAAUGAAAGGUAAGUCUGCAGUCAAAGGACUUCUAAAGGAUUGUGUUACUUGCAGGAAACACCAUGCAAGACCAGUGCAACAGUUGAUGGCCUCAUUGCCGGAAGAGCGAGUAACAGCAGACAAACCGCCAUUUACCUUUACUGGAUUAGACUUUGGUCCGAUUGAAGUUAAACAGGGUCGUUCUAAGGUUAAACGUUAUGGGUGUAUAUUUACUUGUCUGGUAACAAGAGCGGUACACUUGGAAGUAGCCGACUCAGCCGAUACUGACUCUUUCAUCAAUGCUUAUCGUAGGUUUGUUGCCAGAAGAGGAGAUCCCAAAAGGAUCUUUAGCGAUAAUGGUACAAACUUUGUAGCAGGUGAACGGGAGCUGAGAGAAGCAUUGGCCAAAAUGAAUCAAAGCCUUAUGGAAGAAACUUUACAUACACGUGGAUGUGAAUGGAUCUUUAAUCCCUGUCUCUUAUACACAUCUAGAUGUGUAUAA